AUGGCGCCUGCUCCAUGCCCAACCAUUUUGGCCGCAAAUCCGCCACGUUCUUCCUCUCCCAAGGUUUCUCCAGUGACUUCACCGGCACCGUCAACUGAUGUGUCUUCUCCUCCGGUUCAGUCCCUGGAUAAUUCUCCUUCACCGGCUUACACUCCGAGUGCUGCUACACCAGUCCCGGUGGGUGCUUCCGCAUCUGUUCCAGCCGUUACUCCGGCAGUGGCUAACGGCCCGGCACCAGAAGCGCAUGCGAGUAUCCCGUCAAGUUCUGGGACACCCACAGAGGCCCCUGAAGUUUCCAAGUCGAAUGGUAGCCCACCAAGUCCGCCGGUGGGGAGUUUGGCACCGGAGGCAGCAGAGGCUCCAACGGCUGUUAAAAAUUCGGUUUCAAAGUCCAUUUAUGAAGUUCGGGUCAUUCUGAGUGGGCUAGCUAUUGGGCUAUCGUUGGCUCUUUAG